UGGCUAUGUGAGUGUGUGUGGCGGAAGUCCGGUCUCUUUUCGGUGGCGGACAAGAUCAGCGUCAGUCCCCCAUAAUGAAGCUGAACAUCUCUUUCCCGGCCACUGGCUGCCAGAAGCUGAUUGAAGUCGACGAUGAGCGCAAACUGCGUACCUUCUACGAGAAGCGCAUGGCUACUGAGGUGGCUGCUGAUCCCCUGGGCGAUGAGUGGAAGGGCUACGUGGUGCGCAUCAGCGGGGGCAACGACAAGCAGGGCUUCCCCAUGAAGCAGGGCGUGCUGACCACCGGCCGCGUGCGCCUGCUGCUCAGCAAGGGCCACUCCUGCUACCGCCCCCGGCGGACCGGCGAGCGCAAGCGCAAGUCCGUGCGCGGCUGCAUCGUCGACGCCAACCUCAGCGUGCUCAACCUGGUCAUCAUCAAGAAAGGCGAGAAGGACAUCCCUGGACUGACUGACAACACUGUCCCUCGCCGCCUGGGUCCCAAGAGGGCCAGCAAGAUCCGCAAGCUUUUCAACUUGUCCAAGGAGGAUGAUGUGCGGCAGUAUGUGGUGAGGAGGCCCCUGACCAAGGAAGGUGAGUGAGCUGCAGCAGUGGGUUCGU